AUGGACAACUACGAAUACGUCGUCUCUCGCCUCGACCUCCGUGCGGCACAACUCGCCGAAUUCUACAUGUGGAUGGGGCGAAUGAGCUCUACGCUCAUAGACUACGGCAAACAAGUCGGCCCCCGCAGCCGCCGAGUCCCGGCAAGCUUCACCAUGUCCGAGCUCACUAAAUUUGCCAAAGUGCUCAAAGACUCCAACCUCGCAGAUCUGUUCAAGCACACGCUAGACCGUCUUGCCGACAGCCUGAUCCCACGCUUUGACAACGGGGAUGACCUUACAGAGCAGGGCCAGCAGACGCUGAACGUCAUCAAGCAUUACAAUUUCCAGAAGGACAGGCUGCUGACUGAAAGGGCAGCUUUUGUCGAGCUUUUGGAGAGUAAAUUUGGCAUCUUCCCGAGAAGUGACCGCGAGAGAGAGGCGAGUGUCGAGUUGAUAAUGCUGUCGCAGGCGGCGUAUAUACCCUAUUCGUACGAUGACCAGAAAAACAUAAUGCACGAGAAGUUUGGUAGGACGACGACGCAUUAUACCUAUUGUUCCAAGGCGUGGUAUUUUCCUAGGACGGGGGUUGUGUCUUUUGAGACCUAG